CUCAAUGUAUGAGGAAUUGUCAGCUGGUGAUUGAUCUGAUUAUUCUAGUUACGUCUAAAUAUAUCGUAGCCAAGUUCUUGAUAUGACCACGUGAGAAACCCAAGAUAUCGGUCGCAUCUUUUUUACAUUGUACAUAAUACUGAAAUAUAUAAAAUGCCAGCUGCUACAACCGAUGUUGGGAUGUGGCUAGAAAUGGGCAUUUCCGAAACAAAUAGUAAUUCACCUCCAGAUUUAAUAAAGAAAUGGUCCCAAGUGAUUAGUCAAAGAUAUAGUGAGUCUUGGCGAUAUUAUCAUAUUUUAACGCACAUUUCCGAUAUGAUGACGCACUUUGGCAGAUGGAAAGAAAGGAUCAAAGAUAAAAAUGCAGUUAUCCUAGCUAUACUUUUUCACGACAUUAUUUAUGAUCCAAAAUCAUCAACCAAUGAAAAAGACAGCAUCGAAGUGUUUAAACAAUUUUCAGCAGAGACAUCUAUUGCACCAGAACUUUCAGACAGGGUAGUCCAGCUUAUCACAGCUACAAUCACACAUCAGACUGAUAACAACUUGCAAGAUACAGACAUGGAUUUCUUCUUGGAUUUUGAUAUGGCUGUGCUAGGACAACCUGAAAAAGAGUACAGAGCCUACGCUGGUGCCAUCAGGAAAGAGUACAGCCACGUUGAAGACCGCCUGUACUCUUCUGGUAGAGCCCAGGUUCUCCAAACGUUCCUGGAGAGGCCUAAUAUUUUCGCUACACUGCCUUUUCGAGAAAUGUUUGAGGCUCAAGCAAGAGAAAAUUUGAAGCAGGAGAUCGAGGAUUUGCGUUUACCAGCACUGUCGUAAUUGUAAACAACAGUCUUUUAUCAGUGUGCUU